CCGCGCCGGUGCCGCAGUGGCCGGGCCCUUCCUGCCCCCGCCCGUCAGGCCGUCGGAGGGUCGCGCGGAGGAGCAGCGUCCGCGGCGCGGAAAGAGUUUCGCAGCGCGCUUGGCUUCUGGAGGCGGCGAGGGGGCCAUGGCGGCCACCGAGAUAGCGCGCCAGGUGGGUGAAGGCUGCCGUACCGUUCCUCUUUCUGGCCACGUAGGAUUUGAUAGCCUGCCUGAUCAGCUGGUUAAUAAGUCAGUUGGCCACGGUUUCUGUUUCAACAUCCUGUGUGUGGGGGAGACAGGGCUGGGGAAAUCAACGUUGAUGGAUACGCUUUUCAACACCAAGUUUGAAGGCGAGCCCGCCUCUCAUUCACAGCCAGGGGUUCAGCUGAAAUCCAGCACUUACGAUCUCCAAGAAAGCAACGUCCACCUGAAACUUACCAUUGUGAGCACAGUGGGCUUUGGGGACCAGAUUAACAAAGAGGACAGCUACAAGCCCAUUGUGGAGUUCAUUGAUGCCCAGUUUGAAUCUUACCUCCAAGAGGAACUGAAGAUUAAGCGGGUGUUGCAUAACUACCACGAUUCCCGGAUCCAUGCUUGCUUGUAUUUCAUUGCCCCCACUGGCCACUCUUUGAAAUCCCUGGAUUUGGUAACAAUGAAGAAACUUGACAGUAAGGUAAAUAUCAUUCCCAUAAUCGCCAAAUCGGAUGCCAUCUCCAAGAGCGAACUGACCAAGUUCAAAAUCAAGAUCACCAGCGAACUCGUCAGCAAUGGGGUGCAGAUCUAUCAGUUUCCUACAGAUGACGAAUCCGUGGCAGAAAUAAACGGCACCAUGAACGCUCACUUACCCUUUGCUGUCAUAGGCAGCACAGAGGAGGUCAAGAUAGGAAACAAGAUGAUGAAGGCUCGCCAGUAUCCCUGGGGGACUGUGCAGGUGGAAAACGAAGCACAUUGCGACUUUGUCAAGCUCAGAGAGAUGCUGAUCCGCGUCAACAUGGAGGACCUCCGUGAACAGACCCACACGCGCCACUACGAGCUGUACCGGCGGUGUAAACUGGAGGAAAUGGGAUUCAAGGACACGGAUCCAGAUAGCAAGCCAUUCAGCUUACAAGAAACAUAUGAGGCCAAGCGGAAUGAGUUCCUGGGAGAGCUGCAGAAAAAGGAAGAGGAGAUGCGGCAAAUGUUUGUUCAGAGAGUCAAAGAGAAAGAAGCAGAGCUGAAAGAAGCUGAAAAAGAGUUGCAUGAGAAGUUUGAUCGCCUGAAGAAGCUGCACCAGGAAGAAAAGAAGAAAGUGGAAGAUAAGAAGAAGUCCCUGGAUGAUGAAGUCAACGCAUUCAAGCAGCGGAAGACAGCAGCUGAAUUGCUCCAGUCUCAGGCUCAGCAGGCAGGAGGAUCACAAACCCUGAAAAGGGACAAGGAGAGAAAAAAUAACCCAUGGCUGUGUACUGAGUAAUUCCCUCUGAGUACACUGGGCUGGAAUUGGACCUUCACUUAUUUAAUACGCUUCCACUCAGCCAUGGCCUUCUCAUGAUGCUUCCACCAAUGUAAACCUAGAUUCCUAUUCUUCAUAAUCAGGAGCUGAGUUUUCUUUAAAUUAUUUUUGGCUGUAUAAUGGUGUGUGCCUUGUAAACUGUGUAAAAGAACAGUCUUGGGAGCUUUGCACACUUAGAAUGCCUUUAGGAUGUCACGCUAGGCCACCCUUGAUGUAAAGGAGCCCCCAAAAAUGACCGGCUUGGAAAACCUCCUGUUAGUCUGCCGGAACCUGGCGGAAGAGAAGGGCCAAGAAGCCUCGCCUCCCUUCGGGUGGUUCCCUGUGGUGGCAGUGGAAACCUUUCCUCUUCUCGCAGGGGGCGGCAUUUCUCCACUGGGAGCUGCGGGGAGGACCGAAGCGCUCCGUCUCUUCUCCGCCAACCCAUCCAUUUGCCCUACUUGCAAUACUUUGUCCCCCAAGGCCACCAGGGGUGGUGAAUUGCCUACACAGGGGGGUCUCCAAGAAAAAGAAGGGUGAGGCCAGUGAGUGGGGAAGCUCUCCCCAGCCUGGUUCCCCCUGCAACUCCCAUAAUCCUUAGCUGCAUGGCUGAUGUAGGGCCUGCCCACUUUCUGUGGCCAUUGUUUUGGGGGUUACCCCCAUCAGUUUGGGCAAGAGACAACCAGAGAAAGGGCCUUUUUGGUUGUGGCACCUCCCCUACCCCCAGGGAUGUUUGGAGUGCCUUGCACAGGAAAGUUUUCCAAGUGCUUAAUUUUUUUUUCAUAAAUAUCUUUAUUUGCCCAGAUCCGUUAGCCCCUGUAAGUUCUGCUUUCAGUGCCGUGGGAAGCUUCACCUAUUUUACUGGUCAUUUUCUUUUGGAUGUCUUCAGUGUGUUAUUUGUAAAGCACCCAGAUUGUUUUUUAAUGGAAGGUUAGGUUGUUAAAUUAACCCUAAUGGCUGAUAAAUGCAUAACUGCUGUCAGAAAGAGUAGCCUGGGGUAGUUCUUUUCUUCAGUAAUAUGCAGUAAACCCCUGGAAACCAGAAAGCUGCCUGCUAGUUAUCCAGAUUGAGCUAUUUAUCCAUCUGGCCCAGGACUGCCUGCUCUGGCUGGCAGCUGCUUCCCAGAGUUUCAGGCAAAGGACCUUCCCGUCGCCUUGAGUGUUUCAGUGUGAAAUCCCAAGCCUUUGGCAUGGAAAGCACUUGCUCACGCGCCCAGCCGCGGUCCCUUCCUAAUGGCACCCCAUUUUCAUGCCAGUGCUGUGGGGCAAGAGUUGUGCCCCUAAAAAAUUUGCCCCUCAAAAUUUGCCCCUUAACGUUUUCUCUCACUUUGGCAGAGUGAGAAGAAGAGCCCUCCCUUGUUCUUGUGGGUAGCUCCUCAUUUUUAGUAAAUUGCGACUUUAUCAGAGCCUACAAUGGGAUGGAAAGAAAGGCCGUGAUCAUGCUGGUUCCAAAAAUUACCACGUCAUCUGCUAGUUCUUUGUUUUUUACAAGCACCUUGAAGUCAUUCCCUGGAGCCUGGAGCCAGACACACGGUUCAGACUAAAGAAACCCCAGCCCAGGAAUUUAUCCGUAAUGCCAGAACUAAGCAGAAGUCACAACCCAUCCACACAAAAUCCAUUCCUCCUGGUUGUCAGGCUUGCUUCCCUUCAGCAGUAUCAUUUAGUUUUGUUACUCGUGUCCUUAAACCGCAGGGGGUCAGGAAUCCUUGCCGCUCUAAAGCAAAUCACCCAGAGAUCUACCAAGAAAUCCUGAGAGAUCUGCCCAUCCCUGGUGCGGGAAUGCUUGAGCCUCGUUAUGCCUGAACUCUGUAGUUCUGUAAAGGGCUGACUUGGGUAUUCAAGCAGGGUCAACAGGAAGGGUAGGCAUGGCCGGGCACCCGCCAAGGGGCCCCCUGCCAAGAGAUGCCUGGAGCUGCUGCUCCUCUUCACCACUUGUGCACCUGCCUCUCCCUUUGGUUCACACGGUGGUGGUGGUGGCGGUGCCCCAGCCCACCUGCUCCCCAGCUUCCCACCUGUCCAGCAACCAAGCGGUGGCAAUGAUGCAAAAGAGGGUGAUGAGCAAGAACAUCUAAUCAGCGUGCCAGUGAGCCAGGAGGAUCAUCACGGGCAUCUUUCCAAGCGCCCUCAGAAGUCUGGGCCACUCACGGCCAUGUGCGUGGGGGCAGGGGUGCGCUGAGUGGCAUCCCUCCGUGACGCUGCAUAUGCCCUCCAGCCCAUCUCCACGGACGUCCGUGCCAGUUGCAUGGACGUCUGCUAGACGGUCUGUGUCCUGUGUACUGCACUGGGGGUGCACCUGCUUGGCACAGCACAGCCACACCUGCAUGCCAGGUAUGUACUUGAAUAGGGCCGUGGUCACUAUUAUAUGGAAGGAGUUCAACAUCACUAGUUGCCCUGAAAUUCCAACUUAGCUGCUUAGGAUGUGUAGAAAUGGGAUCCCACCAAGCUUUCCUGUACCUGAGCCUGAAGCUCUGCACAUCGGUGCAAACACUUCUGUGUAGACCUUUGGGCCCUGUGUGUGUGUGUGUGUGUGUGUGUGUGUGUGUGUGUGUGCAGGCACGUGUGUGCAUGUGCUUCUUGACCGAAAAUGCCAGAAAACAGUCCUGGUGGAUGCCAGAAUCCCCCAAAAUGUGUUGAAGGAACAAAAAGCAGUGGAAGUGAGCAGGGCUCGAGGAGGUGAAGAGCGCUGUAGGAAUCGUGAUCUGCGGGACAAGAGCAAAACCACACAUCUUUUGAGAAGUAGCAGGAAGGUCUUGCUGAUCAAGUCCAGGUGCCGUGGAUCAUGGAGCCAUCCCACCAGGGUGGCUAGGCAGGGCUUACCCCAAAGGCUUCCACGGAGUUUAGAUAAUCCUUGCCUUCGUAUAUAUUAAGGACAAAUAAUGUUUAUUUACCCUACUGUGAUCUGACACCUUGGCUGGACUUGGGUCAAGAUACUACCAGGGACCCUGUCUGCUCGAUCCCAGUCCAGCAGGUCAUUCCUCUCUCCAGGAGCCGUUACUAAGUCCUCAAGACUAGGCAGGGCCCCCAAAUGCCGUGCCUCCCACGUUAUGGUCCUUGAGCCCCCAGUUCAGGCACUGGCCAGGCAAUGCUGUUAAAAUGGAGAGCCACCAGCACACCAAGACUCUCCCACGGAAACCAGCGAGCGAUCUGGUUGGCGAUGCGCCCACUCCUGCUGCUGCUGCCCUUUUAGAGGAGGGUGAAUAACAAAAACACAAAUGUUGAGGGUUCAAGUGAACACGUGGGAUUUUCAGAGUGUGCUGUGGGCACUCACAAAAUGGCUGCCAGGGAGGUGCCUUCUCCGUUCAUAGACUGGCUCGCAGGUUGAGCAUGACCGGCCACAGAACAGUCAUUUCUCAGAAGCCAGACUGGGGAGGCCAGGAGAAAGGGAUCUUUACACAGGAGCCUCCGUACAAGAGAGAUGUAGACUCUGGGCCCAGACCUCACAACCUUUACAUCCCACCGGAGGGAGAACGUUGCUUUGCCGUGAACCUGGCUCCUGCUUUUUUUAAAAGUUAAUUGAAUGGUUCUAUCAAUCUUAAAUGAAGAUCAGGAGGGGCACGAGCUUGGCAGCCAUCUGCAGAGUCUCCCAUGGGCGCUGCCUUGGAGAGCUCUGCUUCAUGAUUAUGGGAAGGUCCUACUAUACAUGUGACAGCUUCUGAGCAGCUCAUGGCCUGCUUUUGAUCACUGUGCGAAUGGAGGUUUAAAGGAGGAAAGGAAGAGGCAGACAACCUAAGACAUGGUCCUGGGUGGAUUGCCAUAAAACUGUUACUGUUGAAAUUUUUCCCUUCAGUGCGUGCAAUGUCAGAUCUUAGGUUAUAUAGUUUACUCUUUUAUGGCAAAAAGUCAUGCUGGUUGCAAAUAUUUUUGCUCUGUUUUAAAAGACAACAACCUUAGUGAAAUUGUGGAGUGGAAGAGUGGUUAAUGAAACAUUACUUGUAAUUUGGGUUCCAUUUUUAUAUAGGAUAAUUGAAUGAUUGUUGCAUACUUUUUUCUUGAUUCUCUGAU